AUGGAGGAGGAGGGCGAUGUCGACUUGAGCGCCUUCCGGGAAGAGGCCGCCAAGGAGCGUGCCGCGCGUGAGCAGGCGAUGCUGAAGGACUUGGAGCGGCGAAAAGCGGCAAAGAAGAAGCGCAUGCAGCUUGAGGCGCAGCGCGAAGCCGUUGCAAAAGCCUAUGCAUCCAAGGCUGAGGAGAGGAUGAAAAAGCAGAAGGAGUUGGAGGCAGCUGACAAAGAGCGCAUACACCAGGUCACCUGGGGAAUGGGUGAAGAUGCUGUGGAAACCAAUACGGAGGAGCUGCACGACGAUGCGAAGAAGCUGCUUGAUGCCAACGGGAAGCUCGACCUGGACAAGGUGAGAGAGCUGCAGUUGACCCAAAAGCAGGACGCUAUGGUGCAGAAGCUUGAGCAAAAGCAGCGGAAGAUCGCGAAUUUGUUCAAGGAGAAGCAGCGACAAGAGGACCAAGCUGCUCAUCGAGCGCAGAAGAAGGCCCAGGCAAACCUGGACAUCGAUGAGCUGCCCGAUAGUGGCAUGGGCUCGCAGAACAUGGAGCGCCUCGCCAAGCUCGAGGAGAAGAUCCAGAAGAGCGAGGAAGACUUUGCAGCCCAGGCCGACACGCUCUUCGUCUCCUUGGGGAUGAAGCGU